AUAAACGUGGAAUUCUAGUUUCUGCAUCCUCACUUCAUAUUCACCUAGUGUAGUGACAGCAUCAGACAAUCUAUAGUACAGGAUGAAGGUCGCCAUGCUUGCUCUCCUCCUCGUCAUCGACAUUGUAUUUGCAGCAGUAGCCCCUCAACAGACAUGCAGGGAUGAACUUAACGCCAUCGAGGCUCGAUUGGCAUCUCAAAGUAAUGGUGCUCCUCGUGUUGGUACCCUCAAACCCCAGUGCCUUGACGACGGUAGCUACGCCCCGCGACAGUGCCUCGGAUCAAUUUGUCGCUGUGUGAGCCCAGAGGGUGCAAAGCUGACCGAGGAAUUCACUAUCGGCCUGGCAUACAAAACUAACUGUGAAUGUGCCAGUGAUCUUCAUCAAUAUUCCCUUUUGCAAAUUGUGGGCAAGAUAUUCAACUGUACUCCAAUCGGCAGUUACCACCCCACCCAGUGUACCGGAAGUGUCUGUUACUGUGUGGACCGUCAGGGUCAACAAGUAGGACAGGAAACCGUCAAUAUUGGUUCCCAAAACCAGCUCAAUUGUUAAGACAUCCAAUAAAGCAUUAUACCUGAUAUAAA